AUGGCGAGCAGCAAAUCUGUAACGGAGGAGCGAGCGGGAGCGGAGAUCGUGUAUGGCUCAGACGAUUGCUAUCGGCACUCCAUAGAGCUUCUGGAAGAGCUUGGGUUUCCGAGAGGGGUGCUUCCAUUGAAGGACCUGGUGGAGUGUGGCAGGGUUCGAGAGACAGGCUUCGUGUGGAUGAAGCAGAAAGGUCCGUACGAGCACAUGUUCGAGGCGACCAACACGAGGGUGAGCUACGCGGCGGAGGUGACGGCGUACGUGGAGAAGGGGAAGAUGAAGAAGAUGAGUGGGAUUAAGAGCAAGCAGGUGUUCGUGUGGGUUCCGAUCAGCGAGAUGAGCAUCGACGAGAAGAAUCCGGACAAGAUAGUGUUUAAGACUCCGCUGGGAAUCGGCAAGUCUUUUCCCGUCACUUCCUUCAUGACGCACCAAGAAAAGGAAAAGCACCUUCACAGCCACAACAAUGGCACUAAAUUACUUCUCUGAACUCCCAAACUACGCGCUGGCGUUUUCGCUCCAAUAUGUUUGCGUUAAAUAUUCGACCAAUAAUUUGAAUGUUUUAUUUAUCUUGAAUUAUUUAUUUAUCAAUUAUUACUAUAUUUUCAU